AUGGCUCGCUGUCGAAGCUUACCGUCCCGCAGACCUGAAGAAGAACAUACCGCUUCUGUCAGUACCUCAACGAUGCAGCAUUGUGGUACAACCAGGCGAAGGUCCGCCAGGACCGCGCUUAGGCCUAGCAAUACGAGCAUCAAACGCUCAGCGGCUGACAAGGCUCAUCAAAAGGUCCGUCAGGCCUGUCGUGAUGAACGCUUGCUCAUAGACAUCACAGUGCGAUGGUCAGACCCCUUGCAAAAGGUGCAGGGACGGCCAAAAGAUAUGCACUACCAGCGCUCGGAAAGCCAUUACCUUGAAAAAGACUCCCAGAGGGUAGGCGGUGUGCCUUUCGCAGCGUUUAUGGUCAAAUCACUGACAGUGGAUGGAGUCUGCAAGCUUUAUUCCAUGGUCAGAAACUCACAACCUUGGAAGUUGGAUGAGCCUCAGCUCAAUGAGCAUGGCCAACCCGUUGCGCAACACAUCGCAAAGCUUCUGGGCUGCGUACCACCAAACAGUGAGAUCGACCUCCCAGUACAGUCCGUCUUCCCAGAAAAUGAAAGUAGCAUGGCGAAGCUGUAUCGCGAGCUGGAAGAACACGAGAGAUCUGAAGCUGCAUCCACCCCGAGUCUUGCGAGAGACAAGGAAUUGGCCUGCGACGAAACUGCGAUAUCGGAAUCACAAGCCUUGGAUUUGGAACUUCCCUAUUACGUCGUCGACUGCGGAAUACAUGGUACCGUGAAUCUACCGCUCCAGAAUGGGAGUGAUGAUUUGGAUCACGAGGUCGCUGAGGCCGCUAACAUGUACGGAAACGCAUUGUUUCCCGACACUCCUCUCUCACCUCGCACAUGGUCCAGCUACAACGCCGGGUACAGCGACUUGGCAUUGUGUCUUCAGCAAAUGGAUAAGAUUUAG